ACCAGGCGUAGUCUGGGGAAUGGACGCCUCCGAAAUGCGCGUCUUCACCGUCGACGGCCGCUGCUUCACCGUCUCCACCAUCAAAGAAGGCGCCGCCGAGCGGCUAGGGAUAAUCGACGAGAGCACCGACGACUUGUAUGAGGAUCUCCUGCAACUCGGCAGCAACGACAACGCAGAUGGAGAGGAGGAUGCGGCGGAAGAUAAUGACGCGGAGGAGAGUCAGCCGAGACAGGGGCAGCAGAUCCGGAUCUUUGGGGCAGCGUCAUCUGCGAAUGGGUUGUUUGAUGCUGUUGUUUUCCAUAACAUCCCAUUCAUCAUCCUACAUACUAUGGGACAUCAUCCAAUACUGCCUAGCCGAUAUCGCGCAAUGGUCUCAACCGGGAGAUACAUUUACGUCUCUCGCGCAAAAGGCGUUCAAUGAGUUUUGUGACUCGUACGACGACUCGCAUCUUAUUCGGGAAUGGCGGAAUGUUAGCGCGAGGGCGCCGAGUGCUGAUGAUGCAGUACUGAACGGCUAUCGCAAAGCACUCUUCGGCAACCCGAAGAUUAACGUGUUGCGGCUCCAAGAUUACUUUAUCGGUCAUCUACUGGCCCAGGCUAAAUCGAUAUCAAAGGAAAUCACCGCAUCCCUUCGAGCAUCACAACUCAGCGUCCGCCAUCGACUAACCGCCUACUACCUCUCUCAAACCAUGCACCUCCUGAAAGCCUACGUCUCCAAUACCGACACACUGACCGACCACGACACAACCCAAAUCGGCCUCCUCACCGACGCCUACGCCACCCUCUGCCUAUCCAAAUCCCACGACGAGAGCACGCUGAGCGCCUUCGCAGACUGCUGCACCCAACUCAGGAAUCGCGCAACGCCCCUAUACCCCGAUGACCUCGAACGGGCCCUAGUUUCCGGAGGCGGUACAGGGAGUGAGGCGCUGCCCGCGAGAGAAGCGUGUGUUGCGUGUGGGGAGAUGGUGGGGUUGGCGGGGAUUGAGAGGGGGGUUUGUGCGGCUGGGCAUGUUUGGACACGGUGUUCGGCGACGAUAUCGACGUUGGGAGCGGUUGGGUUGCGGACGUGUACGGGGUGUGGACGGAAGCUCGCUGCACCAGAUCGCGCACUGCCUGUACUGCGGAAACAGGUUCGCUGAGCAUGAGAAAUUGUUGGACAGGUAAACGGCGGGUCUGCCCGCGACAGGAAUAGCGUAGCUAGCAGUGCAAGGCCGAUU